AUGCCGCCGUUCAGCAAGCCGUCCCAGAACAGGCGGCGCGUGCACCCGGUACAGGAAGACAAGCAUGGGUCACAAGAGGUGCCGCCAACCUGCCCAGCACCGCCCGGCGAGUCUCCGGCCGGCCACCGCCCGCGCGACGACAGGGCGAGUGCUGCCGCCGAGACGGUGGGGACGUCCGACGCGCCGUGCAGACCCCCGAGCAAGUGCAGCAACCACAGCACGGGCAGCUGGAGGCCCGUUGCGGAGAACAUGAAGAACCACAUCGAGUCCAUGCGGGAAGAGCUGCCGACGCUGAAUCCAGGCCUGGUCGUCACCAAAAGGAGCGCGCAGGUCAACCUGCUGGUGCUGCGCAACCCCAAGGAGUGGCCGCACGGGGACGUGGACGGCGGCGCAGGGAAGCCUGGGAUGAUAUCUGCUAUCGACACGGCCGCGGGGACCUGCACCGUUUAUUGGUACGAGUCUGGGGAGGUCCACGACUGCAACAUCGGCAGGAAGGGCGUACUCUGCAAGCCGUGCGGCAACAUCCCGGGGUCGCUUGGAGGGAACGACGGGCUGGCAAGCGUCGGGAUGUCGAAGGCCGCUAUGGAGGCCAUAAGGAAGUUGUUCGGGAGCCUGGGCAAGAAGGGGCACCAGACGACCGCCCCUGUCGAGCCUUUCGCCCGGCAGACCUCGCCUUUUGCUCGGCAGAUCUCGCCUUUUGCGCGGCAGACGUCGCCGUUCGCCCGGCAGACGUCGCCGUUCGCCCGGCAGAUCUCCUACGCGCAGUACGCGGACAAGACGCAGACGGCCAUCAUAUUCGACUGGGAUGACACGCUGUUCCCAACCGCGUUCGUGAAGCAGGACCUUGGCCUCUCCCUGCAGCACCAGCUGAAGGACCAGGCGCUCCGGCCCCAGACAAUGGUGCGCGUGCGCACCGCGCUGGCGAGGGCCGCGGGCGCCGCCGACCGACUCCUGCGGCUGGCCAGCGAGCGCGGGAAGGUCGUCAUCGUGACCCUGGGCAGGAGCCCGUGGGUCACCAACUCCUGCAAGUUUUUCUACCCGAUAUCCUGGGAUCGGGGAGCUUCUGCAGAAGCUCGACAUUCAGAUUGUGUACGCGCGGGAGAGCGAGCAGAUAGACUACAGCAAGGUAAACUCGUUGGCCAAGGAUCAGUUCGAGACGUUCUGGGCUGA